AAACUAUUUUCUAUAAUCUGUGGUUAAUAUUUACCAAUUUCGUGUUGUUUACUUAAUUUUGCAAAACAUUGAAUUAUUUUGAAAUUUAGCGAUAAAAAACAAAAAUGGAAGACAAAAAACUCGAUCCUCCGCCUGUUAAACGGUACAGACGUGAGGAAAAGUCGUCAGAAUCGGAGGAAGAUCUAGAUAAUUAUGAACCUUAUGUUCCGGUGAAAGAACGGAAAAAACAGCAAUUAAUGAAGUUAGGAAGGCUUGGGCAGGUCGCUGCUGAGGCUGCUGCUGAACCUAAGAGCUCGAGUGACAAUGACCCGGACGAUGAAACAUCGCAAGAAGAAUGGGGUCGUCGUUACAACGUCUCACUUCUCGACCAGCACAGUGAACUGAAGCGGCUAGCUGAAGCCCGAGCGCUCUCCGCAGCCGAGAGACAGGCGAGGGAGGAGCAGCAUAUCUUGGAGAGUGUGGCGCAGAGCAAAGCUUUGAUGGGUGUCGCUGAGCUGGCUAAAGGUAUCCAAUACGAGGAUCCUAUCAAGACCUCAUGGAAACCACCGCGCUGUAUCCUGGAGCUGCCUGAAGAGAGACACGAGAGGGUACGGAGACAGCUCAGGAUAUUGGUGGAAGGGGAGGAUGUACCGCCUCCUAUUAAGACGUUUCAGCAUAUGAAGUUUCCUAAAGGUAUCCUCCGAGGUCUAGAAGCGAAGGGCAUCAAGAAGCCCACUCCUAUCCAGGUGCAGGGUAUCCCCGCAGUGCUGAGCGGCCGGGAUAUGAUAGGCAUCGCCUUCACCGGCUCCGGGAAGACGCUGGUCUUCACGCUACCCAUCAUCAUGAUGUGCUUGGAGCAGGAGAUUAAGAUGCCUUUUAUUAAAAACGAAGGUCCAUACGGCCUUAUAAUAUGUCCGUCGCGAGAAUUGGCGAAGCAAACACACGACAUUAUACAACAUUUUGUGAAGCAACUGAAAAUGUGUGGCAACCCGGAGAUCAGAAGCUGUUUGGCUAUCGGAGGUGUGGCGGUAUCAGAAUGUAUGGAGGUGGUACAGCGAGGAGUGCAUAUCAUGGUGGCAACUCCUGGGAGACUGAUGGACAUGCUCGAUAAGAAGAUGGUACGUCUAAACGUCUGUCGCUACCUCUGCAUGGAUGAAGCCGACAGAAUGAUAGACAUGGGCUUCGAGGAAGACGUCAGAACCAUAUUCUCGUACUUCGCGGGCCAGCGUCAGACUUUGCUGUUCAGCGCUACCAUGCCACGGAAGAUUCAGAAUUUUGCCAGGUCAGCCCUAGUAAAGCCGGUGACAGUCAACGUGGGUCGCGCCGGUGCUGCCUCCCUCAACGUGCGACAAGAAUUGGAACCAGUUAAAGCAGAAGCUAGGACGGUACAUUUAUUGCAGUGUUUGCAAAAGACGCCGCCUCCUGUGUUGGUGUUCGCUGAGAGGAAACAGGAUGUGGAUGCUAUUCAUGAGUAUUUGUUGUUGAAAGGAGUGGAAGCAGUAGCUAUCCACGGCGGCAAAGACCAAGAGGAACGGUCUCGAGCCGUCGAGGCGUUCCGACGCGGAGAAAAAGAUGUGCUGGUAGCUACCGAUGUCGCUAGUAAAGGUCUCGACUUCGCAAACAUCCAACACGUUAUAAACUACGACAUGCCAGAAGACAUAGAGAACUACGUGCAUCGCAUCGGUCGUACCGGUCGCGCGGGCGGCGAGGGAGUCGCUACUACGCUGCUGGGAAGAGCUGCUGACGACAGUGUGCUUAGAGAUCUGGCGCAUCUACUCAGAGAGGCACAGCAGAAGGUGCCAUCGUUCCUGUUAGACAUGAUAGGAGAGCCAGAUGUCCCGGUACCAGAUGGCCAGGGAUGUUCCUACUGCGGUGGUUUGGGUCAUAGGAUCACAGAGUGUCCGAAACUGGAGGCGGUACAGAACAAGCAAGCUUCGAAUAUUGGCAGAAGGGAUUAUCUGGCAAACACAGCUGCAGAUUAUUGAGAUAUAUAUCAUAAUUACACAACUUUAUUAAGACUUACUGUAUUUCUUAAAUUAACUGCGUUGAGGAGCUAUUUUACGCUCCCGGAUGAAAUAGGUAUGUCCCUAUCUUCUUUCUCAGGCUCUAGACUCUAGCGGCCUUACUACAAAACAUAAAUAACUGUUGAACACUUGUCUAAAAAAAUGUGGCUCCAAGCUGAAAAAUUACACAAACAUUUUUAUUUCAACGUCGUAAUCUGUCAUUUUUAGACAAGUGUUCAACAGACGUUUAAAAGUAUUUCUGGUAUGACGGUAGAAGUCUAGCUAGACUCUCUGUAUAAAAAUGUUGUUUAAAUUAGAUAGUUGUUUUUGGUUUAUCGUGAACAUUAGUGCUAAACCAAUUUGGAUGAAAUAAAUGGUAAACAAAUUCUAGUGCAAGUUUUGAUGUA